AUGCAUCACAAGAACUUGGUUCCUGACACGAGUGGCAUUGAUCCAGAUAUAGUUACAUACACCAUACUUAUAGAUGGCCUGUGCAAAAGUGGAAGACUUGAAAAUGCAAAAGAGAUUUUUCAAGAUCUUUCCAUUAAAGGCUAUCACCUAAACACAAGGAUAUACAAUGUUAUGAUCAAUGGGCUCUGCAAAGAGGGCCUACUUCAUGAAGCAUUGGCCUUAAAGUUGGAAAUGGAAGACAAUGGUUGCUCUCUGGAUGCUGUAACUUACGAAACAACUAUUCGUGCUCUGUUGGAAAAAGGUGAAAAUGAUCAAGCGCUGAAACAUCUUCAUGAAAUGAUUGCUAGAGGCUUAUUGAAAAGACACUAA